CAUCAUAAUUAACAUACAUCAUUGCUUCAAUUUCUUGCUUAUUCCAAAUACAGAUGGGAACAGCAGGUGAUGCACACGCAGAUAAAGGAUGUGCCAAGUUUCUUAAGCUUAAUAGAGUGCAGUCACUAGCUUAUCAGGACAAAAGCAAAUGGUUUCAAGAUAUGAGACAGAGCCUCAGUCUGACGGCUUCCAUAAUAGCAACCAUCACCUUUCAAUCCGCCAUCAACCCGCCCGGGGGUGUCGUGCCAGCACCGGACGGUGAGACGCCAAUCUGUUUUGCAUCUAAUCAAACAAACAUACAAAUUUGCCCCGGGGAAUCUGUUGUAGCCCUGAUGAAAAAAAAAUAUUACUUAGGGUUCUUGAUAUGCAACACCAUAUGUUUCAUAUCGUCACUAAGUGUUUGUCUCUUACUGGUGAGUGGCCUCUCUCUGGACAAUACAUCGGUGACGUGGUUCUUGUUGAUUGGCAUGUGUAUCACUAUCACAAGCCUUGUUGUUACUUACUUGUUUGGAGCCAUGAUGGUUACUCCUGAAAUUAUUAAAAAUGUUGGGAGUGCUUUCGCGGUUAUUAUGAUUGUGUGGGCUGCGGUGUUCGCGCUAGUUAGUUUCCUCCUCAUAUUACGCUUUGUUUCUAGUAAGAACGAGAAAGUGAAGAAACACAAAGAGCAAGAAACUCAAGAACAAGAAUUAGCUAGAGUGUGAAGAGUUCCAUCGGUGACCCGUAAAGCUGUUAUUUUUAGUAAUCGAUCACUUGAUAUGUGUAAAAUAAUAGAUCUGGUAUGUACUUUGUUCAAGGCUUCUUAAAUUUAAUGGUCUUUCUUGUGAUGGAAA